UCACGCUCUGUCUGAGAGCGAAACAGUCAACUUGAGCAAGUGGUGUCAACAACAAGCUGUCAGCAUACUCGCAAUAAAAAGCACACAAUCCAUUUGUUGAAGGAGCAAGCACAAAUUAUUGCGCAAUUUCGUUGCAUUCAGUGCAUUCAGUGUGUUAAUCAUUUUUGGACGAGGUUGAAUCCCAAGAACAGCAAUGUGAAAGACGCCAUAAAGUUCAGGUUUAGAGUGUUUGACGGUCUGAUUUGACAGACAGAUCUUGAAGUUAAAUAUCUGCAUUGCAGAAGAUUCCGGCACUGGCCGCUCAGGGUACAAAGGAUGAUUUGGUUUCAUUGGUGAGUUAGAGGAGAGGAACUGCAGCUACCAAACCCGUCAUUUAGCUCAUCACAUCAUGCCAUUUUGGAGGAAGGACAAGAAGAACUCGAGUAAAGAUGAAGAUUCCAAUGGUUCGAUUGUGGACUCCAAGCCUAAAGAGAAGAUCAACUAUAAAGCUCGACUCGAGCACAGGCAAUACUUGGCUCAAGAAAGCCCAGAACCGGUGUAUAACAUUUCCGAAUGCGGAUUGAAGAAUGUUCCACCCGGGGUCUACUCCAAAUGCAAGGUUCUUCGCAAGGAUGCCCUUCUUCUGCAGAACAAUGAGCUGACAUUGUUGACUGGAGGUGGAACCAUCUCGGAUAUGGCCUGCGUGCUCCAGGUUUUGAAUCUUCAAUCCAAUCUAUUGGAGAAACUUCCCGACGAAAUUGGAUCCCUGAAGGAACUGAAGGUCCUGUAUCUUCAUCACAACAAGCUCAAGAAACUGCCCGAGAGCCUUGGCCAGCUAAAGAAGCUCCAAAGUCUGAAUGUAUCCCAUAACGCUCUGAAGGAGUUGCCCAAUUCCAUGGGCACUAUGCAUCACCUCAAUACUCUGGACGUGAGAAGCAAUGCCAAACUGAUCAAACUGCCCAAGAAUCUCUGCCAAGCUCGAGCCAUUCACGUCCUCGAGAUGGACGUGACGAACUUUCAAUACCCGCCUUCCAAUAUCUGCGAGCAAGGCACGGAGGCCAUCAUGAAGUAUUUGUGUAAAGAAUGUGAUAUCGAGUACAUUUCACCGUCUGAUUAUCAUCCUCCCAAUGUGGAAAAUGGGAAGAACUCCAAUGGUGGCUGUCUCAACGGAUUCCACGAGGAUCCCUACGAGCAAAUUGUCAAAUCCAACCUAAAAGUCAUGGAGAAGAACAAGGAGGACAAGAUCAAAGAGAUGUUGGCUAUGGAAAAGGCCCGUGAGGAAUCCCAACAGAAAGAGGCCGUCCUGGCCGCUAAUGUUCAGAUUGGAAAAAAGAAGCUACUCACGGAUCUGGCAGCUGAAGAGUCCAAACGCGAAGAGGCCGUCAAGAAGAUGCAGCAAUUGAGGGAUAAGGAAAAAGUCGCCCUCGUCGGAUCUCUGGCCUCAGUGGAAAAUAACACGGAUGCUCUGAUUUCGCAAUUGAUGGCCUCCAAUGCUCGCCAUUCGGAUCCUCAGCGGGUCCUUGAGGAAUUGGAGAGGGAGAAGAAGGAGAUGGAGGAUCAACUCACUAUCAAAGCGGGCGAGGCGGGCAAACUCCGGGCCCAAGAAGUCAAAAAGGAAAUGCAACGAUUGAUGGAAGAAGAAAUGCGACGAGAGCAAGUCAGGCGACAAUAUGAGGAUGGCAAGCAAGCCGUGAUCAAUAAUGCACUCACGGUGGAUAUGGAGAAUGAUAAAGCCCUGGAUUUGGUCCUGAGUUCGAAGGGCAAACACCAAGAUGAUUUGAUCUCGAAUCUUUUGGAGGACGAGAAAUAUCAACGCGAGGCCUUCACGGCCUUGUUCCUUAAGCAGGACUCUCGACACAAGGAGAUCUCGUCGCAAGUGGAACAGAUCCAAAAGGAGCUGGCUAGUUUGACAAUGGUGGAAAUGACCAAAAAAGACCUCAAGAUGGAGUUUGAGCGUGAUGUGAUGGAGGAGAAACGCCAGACCCUCUCUAAAAUGUUGAUGCAACUCAUGGACCAGAAAGCGGAUCGAGCCAAGGAGCUCCAGGAUCGUCUCAAGGAAUUGGACAACACUCGCAGUGAAGACAUGGAGAACUACUGGCUUAUCCAGUACCAAAAGCUCCUCGAUUCCAAGCCCAAGAAAAUGGUCGAGGCCGAGGCCAAGAUUGAGCCUGCCCUGAAGGACUUGCUUACCAAUGCCAAUGCUGAAGAAUACGUCCCAGUUCUAGCCUUGCGGAAUAUUACUGUCAAACAGUUGAGCUACAUGAAGGACCAUGACCUGGCUGAGUUUGGCAUCCACAACUCUUACAUCAGGCAAAAGAUCCUAGUCAUGGCCGGGGAGUAUGUAGAGAAGCAAGGACAUUUGGCUGAAAAGAUGUCAGGUUUGGAGGAUACGGAGGGAGGGGCUCCCUCAGCUCCACCUAUUGGGGCGGAACCCUCCGCUCCAUCCAAAGGAGCCCUGGAAGAGGAAGUCAAUGGUGGCGAUCCUGAGGGAGGAGCCAAACCGUCUGCUCCGCUAGCUGAACCAAUGGUUGUUGAUACUUUCAAGUCGACAGAGUGUGUCAUUUGUCUAGAGAAUAAGUGCAAUAUCAUUUUUCUACCCUGCGGCCAUGUGUGUUGCUGUGGAAAAUGCCAAUCGGAGGUCACGGCUUGCCCAUUGUGCCGCAAGACCAUUCAACAAAAGAUCAAGCUUGCUUGAGAAAAUAGAAUCUAUUUUCAAACAGCAACCCUUUAACUGUAGUGAUUUUGCUCAAAUUAUCGCCACCCUCAUGCCCGUUAGUCAAUGGUCGCUUUUAUUGUUGGAAAGUGGCUUGCUUGGAAUUGGUCAGUUCUUGGAUCACACUCGACCUCUCCUCGUUUUUAAUGGCAACACUGAGUCCCCUCUGAAGUAAGAACUGAUAGUGUUGCCAAUCUACUUGGUGAAUGGCCAAUUUUUCUGUCCAUUUUCCACCCAUCAUCGUUCUUUCAGACCUUUUUAUCAAUUUAGAUCCCCAGUAAAGCUCUAGCCGAUCCUGUUGUAAAUAAUGGUUCAUCAGAAAUUUCGUUCUGACUGGUUCUCUUGCGAGAGAAAAAUCGAUCUUCGACCGGCCCCUUCCCUCCCCCACUCAUAAACGCACUCACAAUCUGUAUUCAAACCCAGAAAGUAGUGACCAUUCUUUCAGUUUGUACUCCGAUGUCGUCGAAUAACAUUAAGAAUGGUUGUUUUUUAAAUGUCAGUCAGUUAUUAUGGAAGUGGUCCUUGGUGCAAUCAUUUACGUCAAUUUCUAGCCAAUCUAGGUCCUCUUUAAACUUCGAAUGCAACAUGAAAAAAAUAUGUGUCAUUCGUACGAAACCAUGUUGUUUUCCCCUGUCUUCACAAAGAACCAAGUCAGAUACGAAUAAACCCGAACAUGAAG